AUGGAGCCCCUCUCCUUCCAGGAAUACAUCUGCUCCCUGGACCCUGCCACCCUGCCCCGAAUCCUCAGGAUUUGCUCCGGCGUCUACUUCCAAGGGUCCGUGUAUGAGAUCUCAGGCAACGAAUGCUGCUUGUCGACGGGCGACCUGCUGAAAGUCAUGGCUGUGGCGCUGCAGAAGGUCGUGUGUGAGGACACGAAGACAGGGCAGACGACGGAGCUGCCACCGACGUUUAAAG